GCCCGGGGUGGGCGGAGCGUGGAGCGGCGAGCGGCUCCGAGUGCGCCGGCGUCGAUCGCUGGGACAGGGCGUGUUCUCGUGCUGAAGCUAACUGGGCUCUGUCCCGCUGCAUCUCUGGCACCUGAGUUGCACCCUGGAAGAGCCCGUGCUUCCCGCGCCCCACCUGUCAGGAGCUGCCUUCCGCGAUAAUGUCCAAGUCUCUGAAAAAGCUGGUGGAGGAGAGCCGGGAGAAGAACCAGCCGGAAGUGGACAUGAGUGACCGGGGCAUUUCCAGCAUGCUGGAUGUCAACGGCUUGUUCUCCUUAUCCCACAUCACACAGCUGGUCCUGAGCCACAACAAGCUAACAACUGUGCCACCCAACACAGCGGAACUGAAGAAUCUGGAAGUGCUUAACUUUUUUAAUAACCAGAUCGAGGAGCUGCCUACACAGAUCAGCAGCCUUCAAAAACUCAAACACCUGAACCUGGGCAUGAAUAGACUGAACACUUUGCCUCGAGGAUUUGGCUCUCUCCCAGCUCUUGAGGUCCUUGAUUUGACUUACAACAACCUGAAUGAGAAUUCUCUUCCUGGAAACUUCUUCUACCUUACCACCCUGCGUGCACUCUAUCUAAGUGACAACGAUUUUGAAAUCCUGCCGCCAGAUAUUGGGAAGCUCACAAAGUUGCAGAUACUCAGCCUUAGGGAUAACGACCUGAUCUCGCUGCCUAAGGAAAUUGGGGAGCUUACUCAGCUUAAGGAACUUCACAUUCAGGGGAACCGCCUGACCGUUCUGCCCCCAGAACUAGGUAAGGUUGCUGAUGAAUGA